AUGAGUGCGGCUGAAGUCGGUUUCAGAUUUGCCCAGCAUUAUGACUCUAUGUUGAACACCAAUCCGCAGGACGCGUUCAUAAUCUAUGACAAGCUCGGCGACUACCGAACCAUAUAUGAAGAUGGAACUUUGGCCAUUGCCAAAAAGAGGAAAGAAUUAGAAAGAAUUGUAAUAACUUCCGUGACCUCAUCGAAUAUAUCCGUCAACUUGUUAUAUUUGGAAACCGGCGGACAUUCUGUGGAACACCUGCUAAUUAUGGUGAUUGGUGAACGGUUCAGAUAUGUGAUUUCCAUGGAUUGCCGUCCGAACCGGGGAAUGCUAUACGCCAUCGUACGGUCCGUGAUGCAAUAUUUUUCUGUAAACCAACCUACGCAGGUAACUACUUUCAAUGUAGCUUACGAUAUUCAGGAGAAUACUGACAAUCACAAGAUUGAAGCCACAAGUAUGACUCAAGCAGAUAUUUCGAAUAAUGUCGCUGCAUAUAAUAACCCUUUAAGUAAUACCAUUAAAAUUAACACUUAUAAUGCUAUAAAAAAUGUCCAAAAUCCAACGAAGAGUAUUUUAAAAGGUGUAAAAAAAAUUACCGAAAUAGCUACCACUUCUCAAAUAUCCAAUGAUACCGUUAUGAAUGACGCAAAUUACGAAAAAAGCACCAAUAUCACUUUGGUUAGUGUUAGGACGAGUGCGUCUGAAAUAGGCUUCAGAUUUGCACAGAUUUAUUACGCUACUUUGAGCACAAAACCUGAGAACGCAUACUUGUUUUAUAACGAGCUUGGCGAAUACCGAACGACAUACGAAGAUGGCACCUCUGUCCUAGCCAAGAACUGGANAUCAUAUUUUUAUAAAUAUUUAUGCACACUGGUUGAUAAAUAUACAUAAGUUUGAAGUCGAAUCGUUCGCAACGAUAAGAACAAAAAAGAACAAUUGUCAUUUACAAUGAGUGCGGCUGAAGUCGGUUUCAGAUUUGCCCAGCAUUAUAACUCGAUGUUGAGCUUCAAUCCGCAGGACGCGUUCAUAAUCUAUGACAAGCUCGGUGACAACCGAACCAUAUAUGAAGAUGACACUUCGGCCAAUGCCAAAAACAGGAAAGAAAUAGAGAGAAUUGUGAUAACUUCCGCGACCUCAUCGAAUAUAUCCGUCCACUUGUUAUAUUUGGAAACCGGCGGACAUUCUGUGGAACACCUGUCAAUUAUGGUGAUUGGUGAACGGUUCAGAUAUGUGUUUUCCAUGGAUUGCCGUCCGAACCGGGGAAUGCUAUACGCCAUCGUAAGGUCCGUGAUGCAAUAUUUUUCUGUAAACCAACCUACGCAGGUAACUACUUUCGACGUAGGUUACAAUAUUGAAGAGAAUACUGACUAUCACAAGAUUGAAGCCAUAAGUAUGACCCAAGCAGAUAUUUCGAAUAAUGUCGUUACAUAUAAUGACCCUUUACGUAAUACCAUUAAAACUAACACUUAUAAUGCUAUGACAAAUGUCAAAAACCAACCGAAGAGUAUUUUAAAAAGUGUAACCGAAUCUACCGAAAUAGCAUCCACUUCCCAACUAUCCAAUAAUACCGUUAAAAACGACGCAAAUUACGAAAAAACCGCCAAUAAGACUUUUGUUAAUGUUAAGACGAGAGCGACUGAGGUAGGCAUCAGAUUUGCACAGAAUUAUUAUGCAAGAUUGACUACCAAACCAGAGAACGCUUACCUGUUUUAUGACCAGUUCGGCGACUACCGAACGAUAUACGAAGAUGGCACCUCCGUCUUGGUCAAGAAUAGGAAAGAAAUAAAAAGCGUUCUGUUAAAUCAUGUGACCAUAUUUGAUAUAGCCGUCAAAUUGAUUACUUCGGAACCCGUUGGUGGAUCGUUGGAACACCUGGUAAUUACGGUGACAGGUGUACGUUUUAAGCAUGUUUUUUUUGCGAAUUACCGUACAAACCGGGGACUACGUUAUGCUAUAGUAAACUCUGUGAAGCAAUAUUUUUUUGCCAAUCAACAAACACAGGUAACAUCUAUCGAUAUAGGUGACAAUAUUGCUGAGAAUACUGACUAUCCCGAGACGGCAGGAAAGAAACAAAUAAAGAUUUCGGUUGAUAUAACCACAUACAAUAAACCUUCUUGUAAUGCCAGAAAUAUUAACACUUAUAAUACUAAUAAAAUCGUCAAAAACCCACCAAUGGGUAUAUUAAAACGCGUAACCAGUUAUACCAACAUCACCGACACAUUCAUACCUUCUCGUGAUAAUUUAAAAAUAAACCCUUGUAAUGCAAUGACAAUUGUCAAGAACACACCGAGAGAUCCUUUAAAAAGUGUAACCAAAUCUACCGAAAUAGAUACAACUUCCAAACAAUCAAAAGAUAUCGUGAAUAAUGACGCAAACUACGAAAAAACGGCCAAUAAGAAUUUAGUUUUUGCUAAGACGAGUGCGACUGAUAUAGGCUUCAAAUUUGCCCAGUUCUAUUACGCCAUAUUGAGCACCAAACCUCAGAACGCGUACUUGUCUUAUGACGAGCUUGGUGAAUACCGAACGAUAUCCGAAGAUGGCACCUUCGUCCUAGCCAGAAACUGGAAUAAAAUAAAAAGUGCUCUGUUGAAUCCUGCGAACUUAUCUAAUAUUUUUAUCAAAUCGAUUACUCGUCAACCCGUUAGUGGAUCGUUGGAAAACCUUCUAAUUACGGUGACUGGUGUACGUAUUAGGCACGUAUUUAUCGCGAAUAAAAGGCCGAACAGGGGAAUUGGUUACGCUAUAGGAAAGUCUGUUAAGCAAUAUUUUCCUGCAAACCAAAAACCACAGGUAACAACUUUUGCUGCAGGUGACAAUAUUGCUGAGAAUGCUAACAAUCACGAGCCUUUAGAAAAGAAACAAGCCAACUUUUUAGAUGAUAUCGACACGAACAAUGAACUUUCUUGUAAUGCCGGUAAUAUUAACACAUAUAAUGCUAUCAAAACUGUCAAAAACACACCGAAGGGUGUUUUAAAACGUGUAACCAUAUUUACCGAAAUAGCCACCGCUCCCAAACAUUCUCAUUAUACCGUGAAUAAUGGCACAAAUCAUGAAAUAACCGUAAUAAGCACACUAGAGGGUAUAUUAAAACGUAGAUCCAAAUCUACCGAACUACCUAACACUUCAAAACUAUCUCAUAAUCCCGUGAAUAAUAACGCAAAUAAUGAAAUAAGCGCCAAAUACCCACGGAAGGGUAUUUUAAAUCAUGUAUCCAGUUCUACCGAAAUCGCCACAACUUCCAUAUCAUCUUGUGAUACCGUGAAUAAUGACGCGAAGCAGGAAAUAACCGCAAAUAACAAUUCGAAUGAUGUUAAGGCGAGUGCGACUGAGGUAGGCUUCGAAUUCGCCCAGCGUUAUUACGCUACACUAGAAACCGAAAAGGAUCUUGCGUACUUAUUUUAUGAAGAGCACGGAGACUACCGAACGAUAUACGAAGAUGGCACGUCCGUCCUAGCCAAGAACUGGGAAGAAAUAAAUAACGUUAUAUUGAGUCCUUCAACAUUUUCUGAUAUAUUCGUCAAAUCGAUUACUACGGAACCCUGUGGUGGGUCGUUGGACGAACUGCUAAUUACGGUAAUCGGAAUACGGUUCAAGCAUCAGUUUUUUGUGGAUUAUCGUCCAAAUCGGGAACAAAAUUACGUCAUAGUGAAAUCCGUGAAGCAAUAUUUCCCUGAAGACCACCCAACGCAGGAUGAAACUUUCGCUGCUAGCGACAUUAGAGCUGAGAAUACUGGCAAUCACGAGCCGGCAGGAAAGAAACAAGAAAUCAUUUUUGAUGAUAUCGUCACACACGAUAAACCUA